AUGGCGGUGGUGGUUGUUUUGAGUUGCGACGGUGGAGGUGGUGGUUGGACGGAGUCUCGAUCUGGUUUUGGGGAAGGUGACAGUGGAUUAGUUCUCGCGGUGGAGGGUGGGCUUCUUGGCGGCGCCUGUUGGAGGAAGAAGGAGGCGAGGUUCGAGGAACUUGUGAAAUUGUUUCCACAUUAUAAUGGUGCAGUUAUAGAGGCUUCUAAAUGCAUUAAGUUUGAGAAUGGGUUGCAUCCUGAGAUCAAGCGGGAUAUUGGUUAUCAACAGACUUGCCAGCUUCCGGAACUGGUUUCAAAGGGUAAGAAGCCAAGUGGGGGAGGGACUCUCACUCCUAUCAAAUGCUACAAGUGUGGUGGUGCAGGACAUCAUGCCAAUGAAUGCAAAAGUGAUGAAAAGAAGUGCUUCAACUAUGGGAAGCUAGGAAACCUUAUUUCUGAUUGUAAGACUAAUGUGCCAACUUGUUACAAUUGUGGGGAACCUGGUCACAUCAACACCAACUGUCAAAAUCCAAAGAAAGCUCAAUCUAGAGGGAAAGUGUUUGCACUGGCAGGAUCUCAGACUACCAGUUCCGAUAGGUUGGUUCGAGGUAUAAGCUACAUUCAUAACAUUCCUUUGAUUGUCAUUAUUGACACAGUGUCUACUUUGAGUAGUGGACUAAUUAUCGAUACUCCAACUAAUGGGUCAGUGAAUACUUAUUUAAUAUUCUUGAAUUGUCCUCUAUCAAUCUAUGGUAGAGACUUUGGUGUGGACUUGAUUUUUCUUCCACUAAGUGAUCUUGAUGUCAUUCUAGAGAUGAACUGGUUGGAACUCAACUAUAUUCAUAUCAAUUACUACAAUAAGUUAAUUUUCCACCAGAAAGAGAUGGAUUUUGUUAUUGAUCUUGUUCUUGGUACUAUACAUGUUUCUAUGGAACCAUACAUAAUAUCAUCAUCAGAGCUAGGAGAACUAAAGAUUCAUUUGGGAGCCUUACUUGAAAAUAAAUUUAUCAAACCAAGUGUGUCACCUUGGGGAGCUCAAGUGUUGUUGGUAAAGAAGAAUGAUGGUAGUAUACGACUAUGUGUUGAUUAUCGAUAG